AUGGACUUCAUACCAGAAUACCUCCAUCCCCUCCUAACCAACAACCCUCUCCUCGCCAACCUAACCACCGCCCCCGAAAUGCUCUCCACGCACCUCUCAACCCUCCGCACCACCUACCUCGAUCCAUACGUCCUAUCCCCCCUCUCCUCGCUCUUGACGUCGUCAACGCCGGACCUCGUUUCCGUCUUCCUCCUCUUACUCAUUUUAUUCCUCUCGCUAAAGAUCCUGGACUAUACGCGGCGCAUGGUGCUGUUUUGGGUGUGGUUGGUCUUCAGGGUUGUUUUUUGGGGAGUCAUACUUGCGGUGGGCUAUUGGGUGUAUAGUGUGGGUGUUGAGAGGGCGGGGGUGGAGGUUGGGAGGGCCUUAGGGUUGGCUAAGGGGGUUUGGGAGGAGUUUGAGAGGGGGGUUGAUGGGGGUGCACCUGGUGGAAACGCCGCUGGGUUUGGGCAGUAUGGGAGGGAGUUAUGA